UCUGUGACUUGUUUCAGCUUAUCUAUGAGUGAAUUUAUUAUAAUACAAGUUGGACAGUGUGGAAAUCAAAUUGGCAGUGCAUUAUGGCCAUUAAUUUUACAAGAAUAUAACAUAAACUUACACGAUAAUGUGGAAUCAAAGGGAAAUUACGACAUUCAAAAGUCUAUAUCCAGUUUUCUCAGUGUCAGGUCGAAUAAAAUCCAACAUCCAUAUAGAACCUUAAGUGAUUUACAAGCAAAUAAUGUUAAAGCAAGGGUAAUUUGUAUUGAUAUGGAGGAUAGUGUAGUGAGUCGUUUCAAACAUGGCAUUUUAAAGAAUAUAUUUGACAGAAAAUCCUUUAUCACAAAUUAUCCGGGAUCAGGAAACAACUGGGCUGAGGGAUUUUGGGAACAUGGACCCAAAUAUAAAAAUAAAAUACUAAAUGUAAUUCAAUAUGUAGCAGAUCAGUGUGACAGUUUACAUGGGUUUUUCCUUAUUUAUUCUACUGGUGGUGGAACAGGUUCUGGUCUUGGUUCAUAUAUUUUAAAUUUAUUAACUGAUUAUUAUCCUAAUAUUGAAAGAUUUGUGUCAUGUGUGUAUCCUACUGGAACUGAAGAUGUGAUUACAUGUCCAUACAAUAUGGGCUUUGCAACUCAAGAAAUGGCCUCUUGUGCUACCUGUAUUUUCCCUGUAGAGAAUAGAGCUUUACUUGAUAUACAUUCUAAAAUAAAAAUGCCAGUGAAUUCAAAUAGCAAUAUAUCAAUGUUUAGGCCUUUUGAAGACUUAAAUAGCACUAUUGUUCAUAUGUUACUGCAUUUAACCAGUGGUUCCAGAUUUCCUGGUUCUUUGAACUUUGAUUUGAAUGAACUUAAUACAAAUAUGGUGCCAUUUCCAAAAAUGAAGUUUUUGUCAACUGGUUUUAGUCCUAUAACUUAUAAUAACAAUACUUCCAGACAAUUGAGCAAGCAACCAAAAACUGAACAUUUCUUGUCUUCAUGCAGUAGAAAUAACCAACUGAUUAAAGUUGAUCCAUUAAGUAGUAAAUCAGUUUUGUUGGGUACAACUUUAAUAGGAAGAGGUGAUUAUACAAUCACUGACAUGAGGCAAUAUGUGGAUAAAAUUCAAACAAAGGCUAACUUUACUCAGUGGUCUAAAAAGGCUGUGAAAAUUGGAUUGUGCAGUGUUGCACCACAGAAAACUAACAUUUCAAUGUUUUCUGUGUUUAACACAACUUCUAUUUCAUCUCUUUUUGAAUAUCUUCAUAAACAGUUUAAUAAACUAUACAAUAAAAAGGCUCAUAUGCAUCACUAUCUUAAAGUUUCUGGUUUUCCUGAAGAUUCAUUCGAUGAGUGCCAAAGUACUUUGAUGGACAUUAUUGAAGUUUAUAAAGAUAUUGAGCAAGCAGAACCCGUGGAUAUCCCAAGAUUACCAUCAUUACCUCAAAUAUUUUAACAUAAGUUUUUAUUCAUUGCUAUAAAAUAAUCACAGUGACAUAAAAAAUAGUUAUAUAUAAUGUAAAAGAAACAUAUAAUGCCUACAGAGAACCUAGGUAAAAUUUACAUUUUUGUCCACAUGCAAAACUAAAUCUAAUUUCAUAUAUUUUACCUAGGGCACCUUGCAAUAAAUUGUGGU